CGAUCGAGAACAUAGUCAAAACAUUUCACAUUGCUCCGAGAGCCAAAGAGGGGGACGAGUUCUGAAUGGUUGUCGGUUGGCGGCGGCAUGACAUCCUAUGACGUCUAACGCACACGGUCGCUCGACGUCGGUGUGUGCAGGCAGCAGGCAGCAGUGUGUUGUUUCGAUUCCUGACUGACUGAGGCUGACAGUCUGGUGGAUUGUUUGAGGCGAAAACGAUAGUGUGUGAUAGUGAGUGAGCUUUUCGACGAUGAUGAUGAACAGCAACAGUGACGACGAGGAGCCCAAGAUGUCCAGACUGCUUAGGUUGGCGCAGAAGUUUAAUUGCUUCUAUUUGAAUGGCCUAGUAAAGGGCGACUGUCGGCCGUUUGUCGUCGACGGCCAGCAGGUGGGCCUGAUCAGCCAGAACGUUCUGGAACAGCUACUCAAGUAUCCGGAGGUGUUCUGCAUCAAAGACGCCGAACAGGGCAAACAGAACAUCGUCGAACUAAAUCCGGCCUUUCGCGACUACACCGAGCGCUCGCAGCAGGUUGACCGCGUCCUGAAGGAGUUCCGCGCCGAGGGCGUGUUCGUGGCCCUCAAGGGAUGGCGCAACGAGUGUUACGACGUCAAGAGCACAACCGAAUCGCUGCUCAAGAUGGACCGGUCGGCCACGUGCCUGUUUGGGGUUCGCAACUACGGCGUCGAAAUCAACGGGUACGUCCGACAUCCGACCAAGGGCCUGUGCAUUUGGCUGCAGCAACGUUCGGACACGAAGCAAACCUGGCCCGGCAAGUGGGACAACAUGGUCAGCGGUGGGCUGUCCGUCGGGUAUGGGAUUAAGGAAACCGCCAUCAAGGAAGCCGCCGAGGAGGCCUCGAUUCCGCCGAACCUCAUCAAGAACCUCGUGUCGGCCGGCUGUGUGUCGUUCUUCUUCGAGAGCGAACGGGGCCUGUUUCCGAACACGGAGUUUGUGUUCGACCUGGAGCUGCCGGAGGACUUCCGGCCGGACAACAGUGACGGGGAGGUGCAGAACUUUAAGCUGCUGCCGGCGCUGGAGUGCCUGGAGAGGUGUUUUGCGCCGGACUUUAAGACCACCAGCUGUCCCGUCCUGCUGGACUUUAUGAUUAGGCACGGUAUUAUUACGCCGGAGAAUGAGGUAAACUUUACCCAGAUCGUGGAACUGCUGCACGUUCCGCUGCAAUCGCUCUACACGUACCGGACAUCGAAGGCGAACGGUCUCAACAAUGGCAACGGUAGCAUUAAAAAUGGCCGAGUUUAGAUACCAAACAAACACAUAAAAGAAUCUUUUUUCGCGAGCCCUUAGCCACGCCGCGCCAUUUCUAUUCGCCGCCGCCAACAGCAUGAAAAAAGCAAAAAACAACUAAUAGUGAAGGCUUACUGUCUACGUACAUUAAAUUAAAUUUGAAUGCAGGUUUUACAAGACGAAUAUACAUAUAUUAUAUGUUUGCAGUUAGGCUAUUUAAAUUUAAAACUGUGCUAUUCGUAGGUGUUCACGUUUUGCCACCUUUGGAUUAAUUCUUCUUAAAACGUAACUAUUUACUGUCAAGGAUGAUUCAAUGAGAAAAGUUUACGUACGUUUGCUAUUACAAUCUGUAGUCCAGUUUUCGUUUUUUGGUGUAUUUUAAAUUGUUUAGAUUUUAGAUCAGGACGAAAGGAAGAUCGUAUAUAGAUUUAAUUUAUGUAUACAAUUUGCAUCACAAUUAUAUAUUUUAAAAAUAAUAUUGACACUCACACAAAACAAAUACAAUCUAUAUAAUCAGUAAGCAGCCGAUACAACACACUACUAUCUAACCUCUAGAAGAAUUGAUUGAAAAAAACAAGUUGUGCAUGUUUCCCUUUCGCUGUAUACUCCUCCUCUUAACAAAACAAAAAAAAAGUAUAUUAACUCUGUUCCAUAAACAAACAACCAAACAACUAUUUACAAACAGUCAGUGAAUCAGUGUGUAAAUGAAAUGCGUCGACAGGUUUUUUCUUUGCUCAGUUUCCUAUUUUGUGUCUAAGUCGUUGCUUAACAAACCAGGAUAAUCAAAUAUUUAUUUAUUUAUUUUACGUUAGAAAAGACAACCUUAAACUAUGCUCCAUCACAGUUUUAAGCUAGAAAGAUAUCAAGUGAUACGAUUUACUUUUUUUCUUAUUACGACACCCCCGUUCAAACCCGCAAAACCCCCCUCACUACCUAUCUGUCGAUAGUUUGUGUAAAUGUACAAUUUCGAUUUGUUUGUAAAACAACACAUCACCGAGUUGUCCUUUAAAAGGAAUGAAAGAAGGAAAAGAAUUAAAAC